ACGUGUCGCAGGUGGGUGACGUUGGAGCAGCGUGCGGGGCGCCCCUUCGCGGGGCUGAGCGGCGAGUGGGAGCGCGGGGCCCAACUACGGGAACCCGGAGACCGAGCAACGGCAACCAGAGCAGUGGGCGGGGCUUAAGGUGAAUGAAAGAGUAGUUGUAUGCCAUGGCCAUGGCAUUAAGGUGGCUCCGUCAGCUACCUCCCCUGCUUCAUAAUUCUUCCUCGGGACUAGUAAGACCACCCCUACGAGUACCUUUGAGGCAUACAGCCCUGAUGCUGAAUGGCUGCAGGCAGUGUGUGGUCCACCAGACAAUGCUGACCAGACAUCUAGCUACCAAGAAAGCCAAAGCUAAAGGGAAAGGGCAGACCCAAGCCAGAGUGAAUAUCAAUGCUGCCUUAGUUGAAGAUAUUGUCAGUCUAGGGGAGGUAAAUGGCGAAAUGCAGGCAGUGGUGGAAGCCCUUAGGGAAGAAUUUGGGAAAAAUCUCACUAUAAGAACCUCACCAGGCGCUCUUGAUCAUAUAACUGUGACAACAAAAGAUGGAAAGUUUCCAUUAAACCAGCUUGGACAAAUCUCACUGAAAUCUCCUCAGCUCAUUAUAGUAAAUAUGGCUAGUUUUCCAGAGAAUACAGCUGCAGCUAUCAAGGCUAUAAGGGAGAGUGGAAUGAACCUGAACCCGGAAGUAGAUGGAAUAAUAAUUCGGGUGCCAGUUCCUAAGUUCAGCAGCCCUGAGAAGCCGAGCGAUACCCUCAGCACGAUCCACAAAACAUUCACACAUGUGAGGAGGGUAACAAGGGAACACCGUGAAAGCCUGGCCAGACACGCCAGACAGCUUACGAACAAGGCUAAGGACUCCUUGCGAAAGGUCCGGAGUAACGCCGUGAACCAAGUGAAGAAGGCCAAGAGCACAGUGUCUGAAGACACCAUUAAGCUGGUAGAAAAGCAGAUCCAGCAAAUGGCAGACGACACUGCAGCAGAGAUGGACAAGCUCCUGGCAGGGAAGACCAAGGAGCUCCUUGGCUGAGUGCAGCUUGGACAGACACACAGUCAGCAGUGACUAUGGACUGCAGAGAACCGCGG